AUGUCGUCACCGCCGGACUCCGCCAUCUACAUCCCUGACAUGCAGUCGCUGCCCUCGCGAGUGCGGACGAUCUGCUGCAUCGGAGCCGGCUACGUUGGGGGCCCAACGUGCUCGGUCAUUGCCCUAAAGUGCCCACACAUCAAGGUCAUUAUCGUCGACGUCAACCCGCUCCGCAUCGAUGCCUGGAACUCCGAAAAGCUGCCAGUCUUUGAGCCGGGCCUUGACGACGUCGUUCGCCGGUGCCGCGGCCGCAAUCUCUUCUUCAGCACCGACAUUGACGCCGGCAUCCGCGAGGCCGACCUGAUCUUUGUCAGCGUCAACACCCCCACGAAGACGAGCGGCGUGGGCAAGGGCUUCGCGGCCGACCUUCACUACGUCGAGGCGUGCACGCGCCGCAUCGCGUCGGUAGCAACCUCGUCCAAGAUCAUCGUGGAGAAGUCGACGGUGCCGUGUCGCACCGCGGCUUCGAUGCGCACCAUUCUCGAGUCCAACACAUCAGAGACCGAGGACGGCAAGCAGAUCACUUUCCAGAUCCUCUCCAACCCCGAGUUUUUGGCCGAGGGGACGGCGAUCCGGGACCUGUACAACCCCGAUCGGGUCUUGAUCGGAAGCCUCGACACGAGGGAGGGCAAGAUGGCCGCUCACGCGCUCAGGGAGGUCUAUGAAAAUUGGGUCGACGGUAGCAAGAUCUACGAGACGGGGCUGUGGUCCAGCGAGUUGAGCAAGCUGGCCGCCAAUGCGCUGCUUGCCCAGCGGAUCUCGUCCAUCAACUCGCUGUCGGCCAUCUGCGAGGCCACGGGUGCCGACGUGUCCGAGGUCGCGCACGCCUGCGGACUAGAUGCACGCAUCGGCCCCAAGUUCCUCAAGGCUUCGAUUGGGUUCGGCGGUUCCUGCUUCCAAAAGGACAUCCUCAACCUCGUCUACCUUUCCGAGUCCCUGGGCCUGACCGAGGUGGCGGCCUACUGGCACCAGGUCAUCCUGAUGAACGAGUACCAGAAGUCGCGCUUCGCCCGCAAGGUCGUCCAGACGCUCUUCAACACCAUCACGAUGAAAAAGGUCGCGGUCCUCGGCUUCGCAUUCAAGAAGGACACGGGCGACACUCGCGAGGCGCCGGCCAUCACGCUCUGCAAGUCGUUCCGCCAGGAAAAGGCUUUCAUCUCGAUCUACGACCCAAAGGUCCCGCGGGAGCAGAUCCUGCUCGACCUGACGGAGCCGGGCGUCGUCGACGACUUUGAGGCAGUGCGUGCCCAGGUCACCAUCGCCCCGUCGCCCGAGGAAGCGUGCAGAGACGCCGAGGCGGUGGUGAUUUGCACCGAGUGGGACGAAUUCGCCCAGAAGGCCGAGGACGAGUGGAGGGGCAUCUACGCCACGAUGAAGAAGCCGGCCUUCGUCUUCGACGGUCGGGGCGUCGUCGACGCGCAGACGCUGAGGAAGAUCGGUUUCCGCGUCCACACCGUGGGCAAAGGUCCGCAGAUCAUCGACCCCAUCUGGGCAUGA